GAGGGGUAAUGUGACCUAAUGUAGGUCAAUGUGGAAUGUAUUAAAUACAGCAGCUAUACUUGGGAUGGACACCAGUUUAAGUGAGGUUUCAACAGAGACUGUCAGGGAGCUGAGAGGACAAUCUCUGCAGACCAUAUGAAAGUGGCUGGUGUCCUUCUCGAUGGGGAGGGUUUGGUUCCGGUGGUCAGAGUUCAGGAUUCUGGUAUGUAAUGGGUGUUAUGGGUGGUACAGAGAGUUCAGGAUCCUGACAGCUUGAGGCAAAAAGCUGUCAUACAUUCUGGUGGAGUUGGCUUGUAUACUCCAGUAUCUCUUCCCAGAUGGCAAGAGGCUGAAGAGGCUGUGGGAGGGGUGUGGUGGGUCGCCUACAACUUUGGAGGCUUUGCGGGCAUGGUAGAUAUCCUAUAGAAGGGGGAAUGAGGUACCAAUGAUCUUCCCAGCUGUAGUCACCAUGUGCUGUAUGGUUUUGAGGUCAGAGACAUUGCAGUUCCCAUACCAUGCAGUGAUACAGCUGGUCAGGGUGCUCCCCAUAGUACCCCUGUAGAAGGUGUGCAUGAUGAGUGAUAGCACACUCGCCCUCCCCAGCCUUUGCAGUAAGUACAGAUGCUACUGGGCUUUCUUGGCCAGUGAAGCAGUGUUGGUGGUCCAAAAGAGGUCAUUGGUGAUGUGCGCCCCUAGGAAUUUGGUGCUGCUGACUCUCUCUAUGGCAGAACCGUUGAUGGAGUAUCAUUGGUAUGAGCUCUCCUGAAGUCAAUUACAAACUCUUUUGUUUUCUACACAUUUAGGAGGAGGUUGUUGUUCCUGCACCACACAGGCAGUGUCUGCUGCCUAUUUUUACUGCGCUCCUGUUGGUACCUAAUGAUGACAACACUGAGCUGCUCUGUUCCCACAGUAAAUACCCUGUAGUGACUCAGUAUGGCACCAUUUAAACCUUCUCAGGGCACAAUACCAGCAGUAAUAAAAAUCUGUACCAGCUAAUGCUAAUUUGCAACGUUUGCUUGGACAGGAUUAGCUGUGUUAUAAUUUUUUUUAGUUAGUUAGUUUAGUGAUGGUACUGUCCCAGUGCGCGCUGAAUCAUGGAUGGAAUGUGUACAUUUUUCCAAAGGCAGCGCCGACGGGACUUUAUGUCGAGGCUGUAAGGUAGCAACCUGUCCACGGUGCUCGCACGGUGUGUGUGUGUGUUUCGGUUGGAGCGCUCUCUGUCAGGCGUCCCUCAGUCCCGGGACACGCAGCAUGGCCGCGGGUGGCUGUACGGCGGGUGUCGUUUUGUCUGCUUUCGACUACAAAACAGAAAAAUAUGUGAUCGCGGACAACAAGAAAGUGGGAUUCCUAUUCAGGGUCAUCCAGCUUGCCGUCCUCGUCUACAUCGUCGGUUGGGUUUUCUUGGUAAAGAAAGGCUACCAGAAAAGAGAGGAGAACAUCCAGAGCUCCGUGAUGACAAAACUAAAGGGUGUGACCGUCACUAACACAACCAACACAGGGCACCGUCUGUGGGGUGUUGAAGACUACGUCAUUCCUCCACAUGGGGAAGGAGUCCUCUUCAUUGUUACGAAUUUCGUUGAGACACCAAACCAAAGGCUGGGACACUGUGCAGAGAGUGUCAAGGUUCCAGAUGGUCACUGCAAGAGCGAUGAGGACUGUACAGCAGGGGACACAGUCAUAGCUGGCCAUGGCAUAAAAACUGGGCGCUGUUUGAAUUCCUCUGGCACUUGUGAGAUUUACAGCUGGUGCCCUACUGAGCAGAACUACGAACCGUUGGACUCAAUGCUACGAAAAGCAGAGAACUUCACAAUUUACAUAAAGAACUUUAUCAGCUUUCCUAAAUUUCACUUUUCAAAGUCAAAUGUGCUGGACACAAAGAAUGAAAGCUAUUUGAAGAGAUGCCAGUACAACAAGGUCCUUCACCCAUACUGCCCCAUAUUCCGCUUGGGAGAUAUAGUCAAGUGGUCUGGACACCAAUUCCAGGACAUGGCUUUAAAGGGCGGAUCAAUUGGAAUUCUCAUUGAGUGGAACUGUGAUUUAGACAAAGACUCUUCCAUGUGCAACCCCAAAUACAGCUUUACACGACUGGACUUGCCCAACAGCAGCAUCUCAUCUGGAUAUAACUUCAGAUACGCCCGGUAUUACAGUGAUGGAAAUGGGCAAACUUUCCGCUCACUGUUCAAAGUGUAUGGAAUUCGAUUUGAUAUCAUGGUAAAUGGAGAGGCUGGAAAGUUUAAUAUCAUUCCCACCAUAAUUAACAUUUGCUCGGGGGUUGCCCUCAUGGGUGCAGUAAGGGUGUUUUUCUGUGACUUGGUGCUGUUGUACAUGAUGAAAAAGAGCACAUUUUACAGGGAGAGAAAAUUUGAAUUAGCCAAAAGCAGUAAGAACAAAGCCAAGACAUCCAAAAGAGUGAAGUGUCCAGAAAGGCAAGACUGUAGAGUACCACAAGCUCACUGACCAUCUUAUUGAAAACUUGGUCAUGUGAGACCUGUGCUGUCAUUUCCAAAGCAACCAUACUUUACAAACCAGUGGAUUCACCACACUGGCAA